AUGUUUCAAAAUGUACCUGAAGAAGCAAGAAAAACCAUUCUCAAGAAUUUAAACGCAAUGACUUCUAUUAAUGAGCAGAACUCCUACUUAUGUGGAUUGAUUACGGUACUCCUCAUUCGCCGAAGAAGGCCUAGGAAAGAUGAAGACGUAGCAAAUUUGAGAAGUAGUGCAUAUUCUUACAGGGUACGUUUUAGAACUGAUAAUAGCUUACAGGAAAUAAAUAUUGUAGACAGCUUUUAUUGUGUGUUCAUGGAAUAA